AUGACGGAGAACUUCGGCUGCGAGACGUUACCUUGCGUGCCGCAAGCUGAGGCGAAAAAAACUGACGGUUUCAGACUGAGCCAAGUAGCGAAUGAGACGGACGAGGACUGGGAUGAUAACACCUGCUGCCACCGUGCGACCUUCUGCAACCCGGUGUUGCGGGAAAUCAUCGUGACCGACGUGAUCUCCGCGUGCUUCGACCUGCAGCUGACUUGGGCGGAUCUCUUCUGGCUCGCGACCACGACCGGCUUGAUUCUCCUGGCCUGGGCUGUUUUGUAUUUCCUGCUGGGCGACAUAGUGUUACCCGGUGGCAGCAUCUUCGGCCUUCUCAUCUUGGUCGUUUUCUCCUAUGCGCUCGGCUGGAGCCUCACUUACAUUCCCUACUUGCAUCUACCGCCCAUCUUCGGCAUGCUACUAGCCGGCAUAAUAUUGCGCAACACCGACGUCUACAAUAUACACGACGAGCUCGGGCCGGGCACGACCUCCAAGAUUAGGACCUUCUGCCUGACCUUCAUCAUGGUACGUGCUGGCCUCCAGCUGACGACAACUGCUCUGAGGGCGCAUCCGAUGUUCGUGAUGAUCCUGGCGCUUGUCCCGUGCUCCGUCGAGGUGCUGGUGGUCAGCGUCUUGUGCAGAUACCUCCUCGAAUAUCCGUGGGAUUGGUCCUUCAUGACGGGGACGAUCGUCGCUUGCAUGUCCCCCGUAGUGACGGUCAACUGCAUACUCGCCUUAGCUGAACGCGGUUACGGAGAAGACAAAGGAUUAGCCAGCUUACUAUGCACGGCGGCUUCUAUCGACGACGUGCAUAUCGUGUCCCUGUUCUCCAUUUGCUUCUCUUUCGUUUUUAGCAACGAUGACAGAAGAACAGAAUGGUGGUCCUAUAUCCCCGGCGGGUUUCGAGAUUUCCUCCUGGGAGUCAUAGUGGGAAUUAUCUUGGGCUUCGCCCUGGCCUUUUUCCCUCAUCGCAAUCACAAAUACGCAAUGUGGUACCGAAUUUGCGGUUUAAUUUUCGCAUCUUUAAUGUGCACCACGGCAGCGUCGAGACUGGCGGUUACAGGUGGAGGGUAUCUCGCUACCAUUAUAUUAUCGUUCAUAGCCAUUAACGGAUGGAGAAUCUUAUCGGUUUCCUACGACGUGACGCCUUAUCGCAAAACAUUUUUUUUCCUAUGGUACUUUGUGCAGCCGAUCUUAGGAGGAGUGAUCGGUGCCGACAUUGAUUUCCGAAACUGGGUUGUAUCUAGAUUCGGAAUAUAUCUCGCUUGUACUCUCGUGGGAGUAUUGACGCGCAGUACUACGGCCUUUCUAACGACGCUGAGGAUGCCUUUUACAUGGAAAGAACGUCUCUUCGUUGCCAUAUCUUGGGUACCGAAGGGAACGCUACAGGCAGCGUUGGCGCCGAUGGCGUUUGAACGCGCUAGGCAUGAAGGCGACCCCGCGAAAAUCGAAUUGGCUUUGGACGUGGUGAGGAUUUCAGUGAUCGCCAUCGUAUUCCUGGCGCCGCUUGGCGCUAUGUGUAUGAUGAAUACCGGCCCUUUUCUCUUAAACAAGAUCAGUUUCGAGGAACAACGAAGAGAGCGAGAAUUGAGCUACAUGCAUAUCGUCUCUCUGCAACCUGUUAGAACGCGUAGAAAAAAGAAAGCCGCCGACGAUACCGUUUGAUAUUGCUCUCCAGUGCGAACUGCUUUACAAUAUUAGUUGGUAUCACCAGAUCUAUACGUGCGUGAGCUUCUAAUUAAACAUACUUGUGUUUCACUAUGAUUUUACUCGUUUUCACCUUCUUCGAAAA